AUGGAUAGGAACAGAAAAUUGCUAUUGUCAGUUGGGUUGUUGUUCCAUUUUUUCUAUCUAUGGUCUAUUUUUGACAUUUAUUUUGUCCUGCCUUUAGUGCAUGGCAUGGACCACCACGUUUCCACUUACGAUCCACCAGCGAAAAGAAUCUUUCUCAUAGUAGGUGAUGGACUUAGAGCAGAUAAGACGUUUCAGAAGUUGACACAUCCUCGAACAGGAGAGUAUAAAUACUUGGCACCAUAUUUACGAAGUUUGGCAUUGAAUAAUGGAACGUGGGGAAUAUCAAACACGAGGAUGCCAACGGAAUCACGACCAGGACAUGUCGCAAUGAUUGCUGGAUUUUAUGAGGAUGUUUCUGCUGUUACCAAAGGAUGGAAAGAGAAUCCGGUGAAUUUCGAUUCAUUUUUUAAUCAAUCAAAACAUACCUAUUCAUUUGGAAGUCCCGAUAUCUUGCCCAUGUUUGCCUAUGGAGAUGGUGUUGUUCCCGGGAGAAUUGAUGUCUGUAUGUAUGCACACGAAUUUGAAGAUUUCAGCAAGAGUUCAAUUGAAUUGGAUUCAUUUGUGUUUAAUCAUUUUGAUGAUCUUUUGAGCAAUCUGACGAAAAAUGCCACCUUGCAUGAGGAACUACACCAAGAUGGAAACGUAUUUUUCUUACAUUUGUUGGGGCCAGACACCGCUGGUCAUGCUUAUCGUCCGUACUCAGCUGAGUAUUAUGAAAAUAUCGAGUAUAUUGAUUCAAUGUUGAAAAAGGUUGUUCCGCAAAUCAAUGAAUUUUUUGGUGAUGACAAGACAGCUUUCGUUUUCACUGCUGAUCACGGUAUGUCUGAUUUUGGAUCUCAUGGAGAUGGUCAUCCUGAUAAUACGAGAACUCCCUUGAUUGCUUGGGGUGCUGGACUUAACAAGCCGGUUCGUUUAAAAGAUGUGGAGCACUUGGAGACCCAAUUGCUUAAGCAAGAUCCAAUUGCCAGCGGAUUUGAAUCUACUUACUUUGACACGUGGGAGUUGGAUCAUUUGGUUAGAAAUGACGUGAAUCAAGCUGAUAUUGCUUCAUUGAUGGCUUACUUGAUUGGUGCCAAUUAUCCAGCAAACUCUGUUGGUGAGUUACCAUUGGGGUAUAUUGAUGCCGACCCACAAACCAAGAUCAAAGCACUUUACGCAAAUGCUUUGGCCAUUGUUGAGCAAUACAUCGUUAAGGAGAAGGAAGUUUAUAACCAUCAGUUCAAAUUCAAACCAUACGAGCCAUUUCAAGAAAAGACGAUUAAAGAUUACCAAAAGGAAAUCGAGAGCAUGAUUGAAUUGUUAAAGGAUGCACCAGAUGCAGAAGUCGAAAUGUUGGCCAUUGAAAUCACAGAAGAGUUGAUGAAGAAAACAUUGGCCGGGUUGAAUUACUUGACCACUUAUAAUUGGGCCUUGCUCCGUUCUAUUGUCACAUUGGGCUUUAUUGGAUGGAUCGUGUAUUCGUUUAUUUUAUUUUUGAAGCUUUUCAUUUUGUCAAAGAAGGACUUGAAAAAGGUCAAAAGUCUGUUUGCACCAGUGACUUUAUCAUCAUUUGUCGUAUUGGGUGCGUCACUUGCCUACUUGCUAUAUUAUCAAAGUUCCCCAUUCAACUAUUACAUGUAUACCGCUUUUCCACUAUACUUUUGGUACACUAUAGUGGUUGAGUCGCGACACUUGGUUGAUGGCGUUGGUGAAUUGCUACGUGGAGUUUCACUUGGUGGUAAGAUUCUUAUAUUCACCAGUUUCAUAGGAAUGUAUGAAGGAAUAGCUUAUGGAUUUUUCGAAAGGUUUACAUUUUCAAUCAUAUUUUGUAUAGUUGGUGUUUACCCAGUGUUUAUUCUGGAUUCAUACAAGGUAUCAGGAUUGAUGAAAUUUUUAUGGUUUUUCAGCUGUCUUUUCAUGUGCAUAUUCACCAAUUUAAACCCAAUCAAAACGGAAAACUUGCUUCUUAUAAACUUGGGUGCUAUAAUUGCAUUUGCAAUUAGUAUUAUUGGAUUCAAUGAGGUUGAAAAGAGAAGUUAUGAUAUUGGUGUUCCACAAAAAGUAAUCACGUGGGCACAAAUACUCGCUAUACCGCUCAUCACAUACGCUACUGAUACAUCUGUGGUAUCAUUACAGUCGAGAAAUGGGCUUCCCUUGUACUCGCAGGUUCUUGGUUGGGUUACAUUUGUGGCUUCACUUAUAGUGCUACCUGCACUUCACUCCAUCUACCCAUCAAAAGAUUACCGAUUCAGAUUAUUGAUUAUAUUCAUUACAUUUGUGCCAACAUUUGUGAUCUUUACUAUUUCUUAUGAGUUAUUAUUCUACAUUGGCUUCUCAUUGGUGCUUUUACAGUGGCUUACAAUUGAAGAGCUUCUCAAGUACUCUCAAGCAGAAAUAUUAAUGAAGCAACAAGAAACGGGGAAAUUACCACAGGGGUAUUGGGUUCAAGUGAUUAGGAUUGCCAUCAUUGGUUUCUUUUUUUUACAAGUGGCAUUCUUUGGAACCGGUAAUGUUUCAUCAAUAUCUUCAUUUUCUUUGGAUUCAGUUUACCGUUUAAUACCUGUUUUCAGCCCAUUUGCAAUGGGAGCGUUGUUAAUGAUCAAAUUGAUUAUCCCAUAUGUGUUGUUAUCUACAUGUUUGGGUAUCAUGAAUCAUCAGUUGGAGGUGAAGAGAUUUACAAUUUCGACAUUGAUUAUAUCAACGAGUGAUAUCCUUUCAUUGAAUUUUUUCUUUUUGGUACGGACUGAAGGGUCAUGGUUGGAUAUUGGAGUUUCCAUUUCCAAUUACUGUUUGGCAAUCUUGUCGUCGUUGUUUAUGUUGAUUUUGGAGUUGAUCAGUUCGAUUAUAUUGAGUGGCGUUGAAUAUACUCAAACCAAUAGAAAAUUGGAUUAUGAGCCUAUCAGUUACAGAGUGAGGAAAAAGAAAGUUACAUAG